CGACUUUUCUCAAGGAUGCUGUGCUCCUGGAUGCGGUAAAUCGGAUGUAGUCGUUUUCUUAGAAAAAUAUCAGUUUAGAAAAACGUUUAAAGGAUGGCAUUAUGUUAUUAGAUGGUCAAUGACCUAAAAAAAAAAAUAAUAAUGUUGUCAUGGCUGAUCCAGAAAGUAAUAUCUAACUAAGCUCUUCGGAAUAUAUCAAUAAUGAAAUUGCACAAAGAAAGAAAAUCCUUUGUUUUUCUAAGAAGCAUGCAGAUUUUAGUUACCGUUUUAACCCUUUUAUUGCAUCAUAAUCUAAAGAACAAUGUAGUUCUUGGUGUGGAUAAUCAAAAUCCUAAUUAUUUUAAUAUUGGCGCCGUGUUAGAAAUGGGCCCGAAUAUUGUUAAUUUUCUUACUGCAAUUGCUAACAUUCAAUCGGAAAAAAUUCUUCCUGAUUUUAUAACUGUAAAUGGAUGCACUGUCUAUAUGAUGCCAAAUCCCAUUAGGAUCGCGCAAUGUGUUUGUGACGAACUUAUUUCGAAACAGGUUUAUGCCGUAGUAAUUGGAAGUCCGGUUUCAGAAGAACUCUCACCAGCUUCUGUAUCGUAUACGUGCGGAUUUUAUAAUAUACCUGUCAUUGGAAUCAGUUCAAGAGAUAGUUCGUUGUCUGAUAAAAAUCUUCAUGCUUCAUUUUUACGUACUGUUCCUCCAUAUUCUCAUCAAGCGGAUGUUUGGAUAGAAUUGUUGAAGUUUUUCAAGUAUAAUUGUGUUAUAUUUUUGCAUAGCUCCGAUAACGAUGGAAGAGCCACACUUGGAAGAUUUCAAACGUUGGCUGACAAUGCAAAUAUUAAGAUAGAAUCUGUGAUCGAAUAUGAACCGGGUAUUACUGACAUAACUCAAGAAUUAGAAGAAAAGAAAGAAUUAUUUUGUCGUGUAUUCAUUUUAUAUGCAAAUACAAAAGAUGCAGAUGGAAUAUUUCGUGAAGUAGAUAGAUUAAAUAUGACGUCGUCGGGAUAUGUUUGGUUAGUUUCUGAACAAGCACUUUCAGCACCAACUAAAUUGGAUGGUAUUCUAGGAAUACAAUUAGUGAAUGGAAGCGACGAAGAAGCUCACAUAUUUGAUAGCGUUUAUAUUAUUGGUUUAGCAUUGAAAGCGCUUUAUCAUAAAGAAAAUAUAACAGAACCACCUUCUAAUUGUGAUAGUAAAGAUAAGAAUUGGGAGACAGGAGAGAAAUUUGUACAUAUAAUAUUACAGGCUAAAGAAAAAAUGGAUUUGCAGUUAAACUCUAAUAUAAUUGUAUGGCCUGGAAAUUUAACUGUAAAACCUUUAGGUUACAUUGUACCGACUCAUUUAAAGGUCGUUACUAUUGAGGAAAAACCAUUUGUAUGGACAAGACCAAUCCCUUAUGAAGGCGAAUGUGGAGAAAAUGAAAUACUUUGUCCUAAGCAUAAUACAACAAAUGGUGAAACUCAAUAUUAUUGUUGUCGCGGUUAUUGUAUGGAUUUAUUGAAUGCUCUCUCGAAUUCGCUGAAUUUUACAUUUGACCUGUAUCAAGUAGAAGAUAGGCAAUAUGGAAGUUUCGAUUAUGUAAAUGGUUCUCAAAAGAAAAUGUGGACAGGAAUGGUUGGGGACUUAUAUUACGAAAGAGCAGACAUGGUGGUUGCACCAUUAACAAUUAACCCCGAACGCUCAGAAGUCAUCGAAUUCUCUAAACCAUUUAAGUAUCAAGGAAUAACGAUCCUGGAAAAGAAGCAACCAAAAAGUUCCACAUUAGCAUCAUUUCUUCAACCUUUUCAAAAAACGUUAUGGAUACUCGUAAUGGUUUCUGUGCAUGUUGUUGCAUUAGCUCUUUAUUUAUUAGAUCGUUUUAGUCCUUUCGGACGUUAUAAACUUCCUAAUAACGAUGCAACAGAAGAGGAUGCUCUAAAUUUAUCAAGUGCCAUAUGGUUUGCGUGGGGUGUACUUUUAAACAGUGGAAUUGGCGAAGGCACGCCUCGUAGUUUUAGUGCUAGGGUAUUGGGUAUGGUUUGGGCAGGUUUUGCUAUGAUCGUUGUUGCUUCUUAUACUGCUAAUUUGGCAGCCUUCUUAGUGCUUGAUCGUCCAGAAACUUCGCUAACUGGAAUUAAUGAUGCUCGUUUGAGAAAUCCAAUGGAAAAUUUUAUUUAUGCAACUGUUAAAGGAAGUUCCGUGGAUAUGUAUUUUCGUAGGCAAGUAGAAUUAUCAAACAUGUAUCGAACAAUGGAAGGGAAAAAUUACGAAACUGUUGAAGAAGCCAUCACUGCAAUUAAAUCAGGAGAAUUAAAUGCUUUUAUUUGGGAUUCGUCUCGAUUAGAAUACGAAGCGGCACAAGACUGUGAUUUAGUUACUGCUGGUGAACAAUUUGGACGUUCCGGUUAUGGAAUUGGAUUGAAGAAAAGUAGUUUCUGGGCUGAACAUGUAACAUUAGCUCUACUUAGUAUGCAUGAAAGUGGUGAUAUGGAAGAUUUGGAUAAUAAGUGGAUUUUGCAAGGGGGUGAUAAGUGUGAUAAUAAAAAUGAAAAAUUCCCUGCAACCUUAGGAUUGAAGAAUAUGGCAGGAGUGUUCAUCUUGGUUGGGGCAGGAAUAGUGGGCGGUAUUGGACUUAUUAUUAUAGAGAUUAUUUAUAAGAAACAUCAAACAAGGAAGCAGCGUCGAAUGGAAGCUGCAAGGAAUUGUGCAGAUAAAUGGAGAGGAACCGUUGAGAAGCGCAAGACAUUAAGAGCCACACUCCUAAACCAGAAAAGACCAAAAAGUAACGGAAUGGAAGCCUUUACUGUUGAAAGAGGAAUGAGAGGAUUGAUGACAAUGACAUCGACAACAACCACCACCAUAACUACAACAGUAACUAAUGUGGAUCCUCCCCCUCCACCACCACCGCCACGAACGGUACCGCCUUCUGGUAUCCUACCAUCUAUACUAACAGUCGAUAUACCACCGAACGAACCCGAUCCCGAUAUUCAUAACAUCCCACCUCCUCCACCACCACCUUCUUCCUCUCCAGCAAUACGUUUGAGAGGAAGAAGAGUGGUUUACGCAUCUAGAAAUCAUCCCGAAUAUAGUGCACACGAUGCAACAGUUUGUGGUGAUAUGGAAGAUUUGGAUAAUAAGUGGAUUUUGCAAGGGGGUGAUAAGUGUGAUAAUAAAAAUGAAAAAUUCCCUGCAACCUUAGGAUUGAAGAAUAUGGCAGGAGUGUUCAUCUUGGUUGGGGCAGGAAUAGUGGGCGGUAUUGGACUUAUUAUUAUAGAGAUUAUUUAUAAGAAACAUCAAACAAGGAAGCAGCGUCGAAUGGAAGCUGCAAGGAAUUGUGCAGAUAAAUGGAGAGGAACCGUUGAGAAGCGCAAGACAUUAAGAGCCACACUCCUAAACCAGAAAAGACCAAAAAGUAACGGAAUGGAAGCCUUUACUGUUGAAAGAGGAAUGAGAGGAUUGAUGACAAUGACAUCGACAACAACCACCACCAUAACUACAACAGUAACUAAUGUGGAUCCUCCCCCUCCACCACCACCGCCACGAACGGUACCGCCUUCUGGUAUCCUACCAUCUAUACUAACAGUCGAUAUACCACCGAACGAACCCGAUCCCGAUAUUCAUAACAUCCCACCUCCUCCACCACCACCUUCUUCCUCUCCAGCAAUACGUUUGAGAGGAAGAAGAGUGGUUUACGCAUCUAGAAAUCAUCCCGAAUAUAGUGCACACGAUGCAACAGUUUAAAAUGGUACAAGUUAAAAUUGUGGUGCUAUUAACGGUAUUAAAUAAAUAAAUAAAUAAACAUUUUAAGCAAUGAUAUUGAUUUGAUAUUUCGCUAAAUGUUAAUAAAAAAUGAAAAGAGCAUGUUGAA